UGCCCUCCCAAGCCAAGAGCCCCAGCCCAACCAUGCUCCACGGAGCAGAGCCAUAGAGAAGGCGCGGAGCAAAGGAAACAAGCGAGGCGAGGCGAGGCGAGAAAUAGUUUUCGCAGAGCCGUUAAGCUCACCUCCUUCGAGGCCGGCUGCUCCUCCACCUAAUCCCCUUCGCCUCGCCUCCCCGCCCACCGCCACCACCCGUCGAUGUCGGCCAUCAAGCCGCCGCCGCCUGACCGGCCGCCGCAGGCCGCGCGGCUGCCGUCCCCUUCCUCCUCCUCCUCGGCGGCGGCGGCGGCCAAGCAAGGCGGCACAGGCUCCCGCGGGCUGCUCAUGGGGCGCUACGAGCUGGGCCGCGUCCUGGGCAAAGGCACCUUCGCCAAGGUGUACCACGCGCGGCACGUGCAGACCGGGGAGAGCGUGGCCAUCAAGGUGCUCGACCGGGAGAAGGCCGUGCGGAGCGGCCUCGUCUCGCACAUCAAGCGCGAGAUCGCCGUGCUCCGCCGCGUGCGCCACCCCAACAUCGUGCACCUCUUCGAGGUCAUGGCCACCAAGACCAAGAUCUACUUCGUCAUGGAGCUCGUCCGCGGCGGCGAGCUCUUCUCCCGCGUCUCCAAGGGCCGCCUCAAGGAGGACAUUGCUCGCCGCUACUUCCAGCACCUCAUCUCCGCCGUCGGAUUCUGCCACACCCGCGGGGUCUUCCACCGGGACCUCAAGCCGGAGAACCUCCUCGUCGACGAGGCGGGCAACCUCAAGGUUUCCGACUUCGGCCUCUCCGCCGUCGCCGAGCCGUUCCAGCCAGAGGGUCUCCUCCACACCUUCUGCGGCACGCCGGCCUAUGUCGCCCCCGAAGUUCUCGCCCGCCGUGGAUACGAAGGCGCCAAGGCCGACAUAUGGUCCUGCGGCGUCAUCCUCUUUGUUCUCAUGGCCGGAUACCUCCCUUUCCAUGACCAGAACCUCAUGGCCAUGUACCGUAAGGUUUACAAGGGAGAGUUCCGAUGUCCAAGGUGGUUCUCCAAGGACCUUACUAGCCUGAUCAUGCGUUUUCUUGACACAAACCCAAGCACCAGGAUCACCUUGCCGGAGGUCAUGGAGAGCCGGUGGUUCAAGAAAGGUUUCCGGCCAGUCAAGUUCUAUAUUGAAGACGACCAGCUGUACAACGUGAUAGAUGCCGAGAAUGAUAUGCUCGACCUGGGCCUCCCAGACCCUCUUCCUCAACCAUUGCCGCCUCCACCUCCAUCUCCAUCUCCACAACAAGUUGAUGGAGACGACUCAGGGUCAGAGUCGGACGCAUCAGUCGUGUCCUGCCCUGCCACAUCGUCAUUUGAAGAGCGCCACAGGCUCCGCGGGCCACUCCCACGCCCCGCAAGCCUUAAUGCGUUCGACAUCAUAUCAUUCUCAAGGGGAUUCAACUUGUCGGGGCUGUUUGAGGAAAAAGGGGACGAGGUGAGAUUCAUCUCGGGUGAACCUAUGCCAGACAUUAUAACGAAAUUGGAGGAGAUCGCAAAUGUGAAGAGCUUCGCGGUGCGGAAGAAGGAUUGGCGGGUGAGCCUAGAGGGCACAAGGGAAGGGGUUAAGGGGCCACUAACAAUCUGCGCGGAGAUAUUUGAACUCACGCCCUCCCUUGUAGUAGUGGAGGUAAAAAAGAAGGCGGGGGAUAAGGAAGAGUAUGAUGAUUUCUGUAACAAGGAACUGAAGCCAGGAAUGCAGCAUCUUGUGCACCAGAUGGUCCCAGUUCCAAAUACACCUACCAUUUCUGAGUUGGCCGAAAGGGGCUUGAAUUUUCGAAUUUUGAGGUGAAUGUGAUGUGUUGAAGUAUGUCAAUUGCCCCAUAUAUAAGCAUAUUGCAUUGCUUGAUGCAGGCCUUCAAGGUAACAGGCGCCACCGCCCCUAGAGCUAACGGGGAUAGGGGGAGCGACUCUCCAAGCUAGAAAGAAACAGGAGUCGGGUGCAACUGACAGGAACAAGAGUUCUUGUAGUCUCGGGCACUGACGGUGAUGAGCGCGGUUACUUGGUUAACUCUGGAGAGCAUACAUAAUGUUAUCCGAGACGGGAGCUAGAUUGUGGCUGUAUAUGGUGUCGCCCUAGCUGCUGUUCAAAUGUUAUACUUUCUCUACUUAAUUAGCUGAUGAUUGUGUAUGUACUCCUGCUUAUCAGCAGAACCGAAUAAUUUUGGGUAAUCGUUAAUUCAAGGAUCGAACUGAUUGAGGAAUAAAUUGGGUGCAAUAUGCACCCUUUGGCCA